GGCCUAUUGGUCUUCGCCUGAGAGUACCUUCUCAAGCGAGGAGCUAUGGAUUAUUCUCGUCUGUAUUUAUUUAUCGUCAGCUCAUAACAUGUUUGGAGCUCGGAACAUUAUAUGAGAAGAUACAUGGAGAGUUAUUGGAACGUUAACAAUCUGCAGAGCUUCCACUGAGGACUUUACUGAAACAAGGAAACGUCCUAAUUCUUUGACCCUCCCUGACAUUGAAAAUACAGACAUCAUGCUCACUCGGCUUUUCCGCAUGCAUGGCAUGUUUGUGGCCUCCCACCCUUGGGAAGUGAUCGUGGGUACCGUCACCCUCACUAUCUGCAUGAUGUCCAUGAACAUGUUCACAGGCAACGAUCAGAUCUGUGGCUGGAACUAUGUGUGCCAGAAGCAUGAAGAGCCGGUACUGAGCAGUGACAUCAUCAUCCUGACUAUCACUCGUUGCAUAGCCAUCGUGUACAUUUACUUUCAGUUCCAAAAUCUACGACAGCUGGGGUCCAAAUAUAUCUUAGGUAUUGCAGGACUCUUCACAAUAUUCUCCAGCUUUGUAUUCAGCACAGUUGUCAUUCACUUUCUCGACAAAGAGCUCACAGGACUGAAUGAGGCCAUACCUUUCUUCCUACUGCUGAUUGACCUCUCCAAAGCAAGUGCCCUUGCCAAGUUCGCGUUGAGUUCAAACUCUCAGGAUGAAGUAAGAGAAAAUAUUGCCCGUGGAAUGGCAGUCCUGGGACCCACAUUCACGCUUGAUGCUGUGGUCGAAUGCCUCGUGAUAGGCGUGGGCACUAUGUCAGGUGUGCGGCAGUUGGAGAUCAUGUGCUGUUUCGGCUGCAUGUCUGUGUUGGCCAACUACUUUGUCUUCAUGACCUUCUUCCCAGCCUGUGUUUCACUGGUGCUGGAGCUGUCCAGAGAGAGUCGUGAGGGUCAUCCCAUUUGGCAGCUGAGUCACUUUGCCCGGGUCCUAGAAGAAGAAGAGGACAAUAAGCCCAACCCGGUGACACAGAGGGUGAAAAUGAUCAUGUCCCUUGGCCUGGUUAUGGUUCACGCCCACAGCCGCUGGAUUGCUGAGCCAAGUUCUGGCAACAGCACCAUAGCGAUACCGCCAACAGGACUCAGUCUGACAGACCAUGGACCCACGAAGAUUGACCCUGAGAGGCCUCUGUGGCAUUUCUACCUAUCAAGGAUGAUAAGUAUGGACAUCGAACAGCUGAUCACGCUGAGCCUGGCACUCCUGCUGGCGGUCAAGUACAUCUUCUUUGAGCAGGUGGAGACUGAGUCCACCCUCUCCCUGAAGGGACCCAUAUCAGGCUCCCUACGGAACCCCAAAUGGACUCCAGACCAGUGCUGCCGACAGGAGCCGGCGCCGCAACCCAAGACUGCGAAGAAGUCCCCUCCCCCACCCAUCCCCAUCAGCAAGGAGGAGAGAGCCGAGGUGAUCCGGCCACUGCCCACCCCCACACCCCAGCAGCCCAAGAGUAUGUUUGCAGUGGGCGAGGUGGUGGAGGCCGAAGCAGAGAAAGAGGCUGCAGCAGUGCAGCUGCCCAUCCCUCCCUCGGAACCUCGGCCCAUAGAGGAGUGCCUGUCCAUACUGAGAAGCCCUGAGAUGGGUGCGAGGUAUCUGAGUGACGAGGAGGUGAUCACUCUGGUGAAGGCCAAGCACAUUCCCAGCUACAAGCUGGACAGCAUGAUGGAGACGCCUGAACGUGGCGUGGUCAUCCGCAGGAAGAUGCUCAUGCCCAGCCUCCCCAACCCCUCUGCCCUCACCUGCCUGCCUUACAGGAACUAUGACUACUCACUGGUGAUGGGAACCUGUUGCGAGAAUGUGAUUGGCUACAUGCCCGUGCCAGUGGGCGUAGCAGGGCCUCUCCUACUGGACGGAAAGCAGUUCCAAGUCCCCAUGGCGACGACUGAGGGCUGUCUAGUGGCCAGUACCAACCGUGGUUGCAGAGCAAUUGCUCUUAGCAGCGGUGCCCGGAGUAAGGUUCUGGCUGACGGGAUGACCCGAGGACCUGUGGUGCGCCUGCCCUCGGCCUGCAUGGCUGCAGAGGUCAAGGCUUGGCUGGAGAGUAUGGAAGGCUUCAAGAAAGUCAAGGAGGCCUUUGACCACACUAGCAGAUUUGCCCGUCUGGAAAAACUUCUGAUUAGCCUGGCUGGACGAAACCUUUACAUCCGCUUUCAGUCAAAAACGGGAGAUGCCAUGGGCAUGAACAUGAUCUCAAAGGGCACAGAGCAGGCUCUGUCCAAACUGCAGGAGCGCUUCCCUGACGUGCAAAUACUGGCUGUCAGUGGGAACUUCUGCACUGACAAGAAACCUGCUGCUAUCAACUGGAUCGAAGGAAGGGGCAAAUCUGUGGUGUGUGAAGCCACCAUCUCAGCCAAAGUUGUCAGAGAGGUUUUGAAGACCUCCACUGAGUCUCUGGUCGACGUCAACAUCAACAAGAACCUGGUGGGCUCUGCCAUGGCUGGCAGCAUAGGGGGCUACAACGCUCACGCUGCUAACAUCGUGGCAGCCAUUUACAUCGCCUGUGGCCAGGACCCAGCUCAGACUGUGGGCAGCUCCAACUGCAUUACCCUGAUGGAGGCAACAGGCCCGACGGGAGAGGACCUGUACAUCAGCUGUACCAUGCCCUCUCUAGAGCUGGGCACUGUCGGUGGAGGCACCAACCUGGCCCCACAGCAGUCCUGUCUGAAGAUGCUGGGCGUGCAGGGAGCCAAUCAGGACAGCCCUGGGGCCAAUGCCCGGAACCUGGCACAAGUGGUGUGUGCCACUGUGUUGGCAGGGGAACUGUCACUGAUGGCAGCCCUCGCUGCUGGACACCUGGUCAAGAGUCACAUGACCCACAACAGGUCAAAGAUGAAUCUGCAGGACGCUGCAGGAACGUGCACGAAGGCAGCCUCCUGAAGGCAGCCUCCUGAAGAAGCGGACUGGGCAAGCUGCAGCGUGAGGUCUCUGGACCUGCCGUCUGACUCCACUUCAACUGUGUGGAAGCAGCGAGACUGAAGAGGAUCUUUUGUGGAAUGUUGAACGGACUGUGGAAGCUCACAGACUCUCGGCUCCAUAAAAGAGGCGGAAGAUGAUAACAAUCACGUUCUUAAUUGUGUUCCUGUCUUUUGAUAGCAAAUUAAUUUCUUUUUUUCUAAUUGAUAAUUUGCAAAAAUUGCAGGUUGGGGGUCAAAUUUCUCUGCUGUGCACUUAAAUACUAAAGUUAGGACUGGUUAGCACCAUAGAGGAGCUGCAAAAGCAAUGAUUCACAUGGUACAGUGCGAUAGUUCAGUUUGUCAAAUGCUACCAUCAUGAAACAUGGGAGUGAUAAUUCACUACACUUGAAUUUGCCAAAUACAGCCUUUGGGGCGUAGUCUUGCAGAUUGUGCUUACAUACUGUAUGUUCUCACAGAACUUGAAAUGAUUGAAGGUAUUAGGUACGGUUUUGUUUUGUUCUGUCCGUAUAUUUUAUUUUAUUUUUAUUUUUUUAAGAGGCAUAAGUCCGAGUGCAAGCGUACAAAAUAUUUCACAACGGUGCUAUAAUAAGGUGUGAAAGGAAUCUCCACCCUUUAUUGUGCCACCCUAUGAGAAGUUGAAUGAAAGCCCUACCUCCUGCAAGAAUACGGUUGAUCCAAGCUGUUUGUCUGCUUGUAAUUUAUUAUAACUGCACAGUAAGCACAAAACCUUCACAAGUGUCUUUGACAUGCAUAAGGAAGGUACAUAUUCAGCUGAUUGUCAUGUGUGUGAAAGCUGCAAUGUGUGUGUGUGUGUAUGUGAGUGUGUGCGUGCGUGUGUGUGCUCACCCUGUGGUUGACAGAGGUGAUUGUGGAGAAAGCAGAACUUUCCCCACCAAAGCUAUAUUUCUCUGAAACCAGUAGAACACAGAAGUGAAAAGAAUGUUUUCUUUUUGUAUAUUUUUGUAAUAAAAAAAAUAAAGGGAAUUUUGAAUUAUG